AUGGCAUCCAACUCAUUCUCAAGCCAACCAAUCCUCUUUGGCCGUGGUGGCUACAACGGGCCAGCUUCAUCCGAAGAAGACGACAAUCAAAAGCCUCUGGCACCCAUGAACUUUGGUCGUGGCGGUUACAACCGUGGCCCAGACGAUGACGAGGAGGAAGAUGGACGUGGAGGAUACAAUUAA